AUGCGGCAAGCUUUACAUGGAACUGCGACGGGAAAACACUUGGAUUUGGAGGCCAUGCUGGGGAAGAUCUCCAAGCAGAUUGAUGCGGAACUGAAGAUGUUGGACCAUGGAGAGGGAACGACCUUGGCCGCAGCUCUCAGUGAGGCCUCAGUGAAUUUGGAGCAGAUGAAACGUGAUCGUAUCACCAUGGUGGCCCACCUCGUUAGUCGUGUGCGCGAAAUUCUGUCCGAACGAGCCAACAGUGGCGCUUAG